AUGUUCUCUAUAUACAAACAAACCCAUCCGCCCACAGCUGUUGAGCACGCAGUGUCGUGCCAUUUUUUCAACAGAUUUGAGAAGUCCUUAGUUGUUGUUGGUGCAAAUGUUGUGCGGGUGUAUGGACUCAUUCCAGAUUUUGAGCCGCAAGACAAGAAAUCUAUCAUUGCAGAUGGGAAGCCACCAAAAUUGAAACUAGAAUGCCUCGCUCAAUACUCACUUUUUGGCAACAUCAUGUCCAUCCAAGCAGUUGCACUGAACAAUUCAGUUCGUGACUCAUUGAUUAUCUCGUUUAAAGAUGCUAAACUAAGUAUUGUAGAGUACGAUCCAGACACUCAUGAUCUCAGGACUCUUUUUCUUCAGCAGUUUGAGACAGAAGACACAAAAGGUGGCUGGACUCAACACUACCACAUCCCAUCUUUGCGAGUUGAUCCAGAGGGUCGGUGUGCUGUGAUGCUCCUUUACGGUCGGAAACUUUUGAUUCUGCCUUUUCGGAAAGAAACUGUUUUUGAUGAUCCUGAAACACUGAGCCAGGAGUCAAAAGAUCAGAUUUUAGACUCGUACAUUGUGACUUUAGCAGAGGUGGAAGAUAAAAUGGAUAACGUCAUAGACAUCCAGUUUCUACAUGGAUACUACGAGCCAACACUUUUAAUUCUCUAUGAGCCAAUGAAAACGUUCUCAGGGCGAAUAUCAGUGAGACGAGAUACAUGUGUCAUGGUAGCUAUAUCAUUGAAUCUUCAUCAAAAAGUCCACCCAGUCAUUUGGUCAGUCUCAAAUUUACCAUUUGAUUGCUCGCAGGCUAUUCCUGUCUCCAAACCGCUAGGCGGUGUUCUAAUUUUUGCCAUCAACUCUAUGAUAUAUUUAAAUCAAAGUGUUCCUCCUUAUGGUGUCUCUUUAAACAGUAUAGCGCAUGAAAGCACAAGCUUUCCACUAAAGAAGCAAGAAGGCGUUGUGAUGACAUUGGAAGGAGCCAAAGGAACUUUCAUUGCCACCAAUCAGUUGGUCAUUUCCUUGAAAGGUGGUGAAUUGUAUGUGAUGACUUUGUUCGUUGACAGUAUGAGGAGUAUUAGAAAUUUUCAUUUUGAAAAAUCUGCUGCAAGUGUUCUUACAAUUUGUCUUUGUUUAUGGGAAGACAGCUAUUUGUUUCUAGGGUCGCGUCUUGGUAACUCCCUCUUACUGAAAUUCUAUGUUAAAGAACAAAGUACUGUCACCAAUACUCUAGGAGCGGGAGACCAACCAUCAAAGAAAAGACGUUUGGAUGCUCUUGGUGACUGGAUGGCAUCUGAUGUGUCAGAUAUUCGUGAUAUUGAUGAACUAGAAGUUUACGGCACAGAAACUGCAACAUCUUUACAACUUGUGUCAUCGUAUGUUUUCGAGGUUUGUGACAGUCUCUUGAAUGUAGGUCCAAUCGGACAAGUUUCCAUGGGAGAACCUGCUUUUCUCUCCGAAGAAUUCAUAAAUACUGCUGAACCAGAUGUGGAGCUUGUAACCACUUCAGGGUACGGAAAGAAUGGAGCACUGUGCGUCUUGCAGCGCUCUUUGCGCCCUCAAGUUAUCACAACCUUCGAACUGCCAGGAUGUCUUGACAUGUGGACUGUCAUUGGAAAUGACAAAAAAGUUUUUGAUGAACAAGCUCACUCUUUCCUCAUCCUUAGUCAAGCAGACAACACAAUGGUCCUCAAAACAGACACUGAAAUUAAUGAGGUAGAGAAUUCAGGGUUCUUUACGCAAGACCCGACAAUAUUUGCUGGCAAUCUAGGAGGUAACAAGUUCAUCAUUCAAGUCUCACCAAAUGGGGUGCGAUUACUCCAAGGGGCAGAGCAAGUACAGCAUAUCCCUCUAGACUUGGGAUCACCUCUCAUCCAAGUUUCGCUUGCAGAUCCAUAUGUCAUAAUUCUUACAGAGGAUCGGCAGAUUCUUUUAUUGACUCUCAGAGAAUCACGUCUAGGCACAUGGAAACUUGUUGUGACGCGGCCUUCUCAAAUCCCGUUGAAGCCCUACACAGCAUGUUUCUGUUUGUACAGAGACGUAAGUGGACUCUUCACUCGAGUGAUUCCUGAUCAUGAGAAAGAUAUUCAUGAGCCCAAAAAUAAAGGAUCAGAAGAGAAUGCUAGAUCCGUAGAUGAUGAGGAUGAAUUACUGUAUGGUGACUCAUCUACUCCCUUGAAUUCAGAUACCUUCCAACCCUCUGAUUUCAACAUAAGAUCUAAUUUUCAACAAAGCUACUGGUGGCAAAAGUAUUUACUUGAAUUAAAACCAACCUACUGGCUCGUCUUAGCGCGCCAAAAUGGACUCCUUGAAAUUUAUUCAGUUCCUGAUUUUAAAUUUUGCUAUGCAAUAGUGGAUGGAGACAAUGGCAGUCAAGUGAUGAAAGAUAGUCUCAUUGACAAUUACCCUGAAGUUGCAGCUUUGAGAUCAAGUGAUACUCCAAGUCAAGAAAGCAGCAUGAGAGAAAUUCUUCUUGUUGCAUUAGGGAAUCGAGGAUCCCGGCCCUUGCUAUUGAUUCGUUUGGAAGAGGAACUUUUCAUUUACCAAGUUUUCAGGCAUUGCAAAGGUGGCCUUAAGCUAAGAUUCUCCAAGAUUCCUCACAAUAUAAUAUUUCGAGGCCUGUCAACGGCAAGGAAGAGAGGCGAUGAAGUUUUUGUUUCUCAAAUGCGCUAUUUCAGUGAUAUAUCUGGGUACAAUGGUGUCUUCAUUUCGGGACCAGCUCCUCACUGGCUAUUUCUGACAUCUAGAGGUGAACUGAGAACUCAUCCCAUGAGUAUCGAUGGACCAGUUGCAUGCUUUGCCCCAUUCCACAAUGUUAACUGUCCACAAGGUUUUGUCUACUUCAACCGGAAAUCAGAGCUUAGAAUAAGCAUCCUUCCCACUCAUCUUUCCUACGAUGCUCCAUGGCCAGUUCGCAAAGUUCCUGUCCGCUGCACUCCUCAUUUUGUGGCUUACCAUCUUGAAACGAAAACAUACUGUAUUGUAACAAGCACAGCAGAGCUGACAACUAAGUAUUACAAAUUCAAUGGUGAAGACAAAGAGUUGUCAACAGAAGAACGUGAUGAACGUUUUCCAUGGCCCUAUCUUGAUAAAUUUACUAUUAACCUGUUUUCGCCAGUUUCAUGGGAACUUAUUCCCAACACAAAUGUGGAGCUUGAAGAGUGGGAACAUGCUCUGUGUUUAAAAAACGUCUCAUUGGCAUAUGAAGGUACUAGAAGUGGUUUCAAAGGUUACAUGGCUGUCGGCACCAACUACAAUUACUCAGAGGAUAUCACAAGUAAAGGAAGAAUUUUGUUGUUCGACAUUAUUGAAGUUGUACCUGAGCCUGGGCAACCUUUGACAAAAAACAAGAUCAAAGUUCUAUACUCCAAAGAGCAAAAAGGCCCUGUGUCCGCUAUUAAUCACGUAUUGGGUUUUUUAGUAUCAGCUGUUGGUCAAAAAAUAUACAUUUGGCAAUUGAAAGAUAAUGAUUUAGUUGGAAUAGCCUUUAUUGAUACGCAAGUGUAUGUUCAUCAAUUAUUGUGUAUAAAAAGUUUAAUAUUAAUAGCUGAUGUCUACAAGUCUAUCACUUUGCUUAGGUUUCAAGAAGAGUACAGAACUUUAUCUCUUGUUAGUCGCGAUUUCCGACCGGCCGAAAUCUAUGCUGUUGAAUUUCUCCUGGAAAAUUCUCAAAUGGGCUUUCUAGUUUCAGAUAGAGAAAAGAAUAUAGUUUUAUACAUGUACCAGCCUGAGUCAUUGGAGAGUAUGGGUGGACAAAAGUUACUUAGAAAGGCUGAUUUUCAUGUAGGUCAACACAUUAAUAGUUUUUUUAGGAUUCGAUGCAGAACAAGCGAUUUGCCUGAUGACAAAAAGGUGGUUUUUGAAAAACGCCAUGUAACCAUGUUCGCAACACUUGAUGGAGGGCUUGGAUUUGUUCUACCAGUCUCGGAGAAAACUUACCGGCGCUUACUUAUGUUGCAAAAUGUUUUGCACACACAUAUUCCUCAUACAGCUGCUCUCAAUCCUAGGGCUUAUAGAGUGUUCAAAAGUAGUAGAAGACUUCUUGGUAAUCCUUCAAGAGGCAUUGUCGAUGGAGAAUUGGUUUUUGUAUUUUUGAACUUGUCAAUCAAAGAACGAAUAGAAGUUGGAAGAAAGAUCGGAUCUAAAGUGGAUGAUUUGCUAGAAGAUAUAAUUGAUGUUCACAGAAUGACUGCACAUUUUUGAAAAUUUCUUGUUGAUUUCAGUAUUGUUAAGUCUAUUACUUUCAAAGACUCCGCGGAUUAAUUGAAUGCAUGACCAGCUCUUCAUUUUCGUUUGGAACGGACUGUGUUUCAUCCUUCUUUUCUAUUUUUCUGUUUUGAGUUCCAAACCUACAAGUUUCGUGUUCAUGGAAGUUUUUUCUGUAUAUAUUUAUAAAAUUCAUGAUUUUUUUUAAA